AUGGAGUCCGACAACAGACAACACCCGCGGAUAGACACCACCGUCGGCUCGUCGACCUCCAUCACCAACGAUGCCGCCACCACAGCCAGCCCCGUCGCCAUGACGCCCGCAGCCACGACUCCCACGCCCAUCUCGGCCACGGUGCUCGCCCGCUCCGGCUCCACCACGUCGCGCUUCUCGCGCAUCUCGCAGGGCACGCGCCGCUCGCGCUUCGUCGAGGCCCUCGACGACGACCGCGACGACGACCUCGACCAGCACUACGAGACGGGCACCUACCGCGGCCGCAGCAGCAUCGCCACCCGCAGCAUCCGCUCCGUCGCCUCGUACGCGAGCCUGCAGCAGCGCCGCCGCUCGCGCUCGAGCAGCCUGGGCAUCGAGACGGGCGGCCCAGCGCGGGGGAGCAGCGUGCCCGCCGUUGGUGGAGAGGGAGGAAGUGCUUCUUCCCGCGGCCUCGGUACCGCCGACGGCGUGACGCCAACGUCCGGGAAGCGCCAGGUUUCGUUUGGCUUCCCGUUGCUGCCGCCGCACAGCGGCUCCGAUACCACGGGCACGCCCACCACGCCUGGCUUCAACGACCGCACCGGCGGCACCAGCAACCCUUUCUCUGACGCGUACGGCACGGCUGACACGCCGAGGUCGAUGAACCAGAGCACCGCAAGCUUGGUCAGGGAUGUGGAUGGCAUGGAUUACAUGGAGGACAGGCCGAAGGGCGGUUUUGACGCUGAUGCGAAGGGCGUCGAGGCCGGCGUGCCGAGCCCCAAGCUGGCGUAUUUCUUUGAGAGAAAUCCGCAGCAGUAUGGCUUUAACCCGACCGAGCAUUGCCCGGCAAGAAGACACUUCUUCCGAACCAGAUGGGUGACUAGCUCCAUCAUCCUCAUCUCGAUAUACGCUACCCUCAUUUCUGGACUAUUCCUCGUCGUUGCUCUCCGUGGUCCGCAAUGGCCGAUGAUUCGCAGCGAUGGCUGGCUUACGCCGUCCAACGCUUCUCUGCUGGUUGCCGUUCUUGCAAAGACGGUUGAAUUGUCAUUCGGAUCUUCCAUCGUUGCCUUUCUCGGCCAAGUCCUGAGUAGACGGAGUUUGAGCGUGAGAGGUAGCGGCAGGGGCGUGACUCUUGCGGAAAUGAGCAUGCGUAACUGGAUCGGAGCGCCUGGCUACAUGGUAGCAAACUUCGAGACAGUUCGCUAUGCACUUUUCAGUAUCUUGGGAAUCGUGAGUUUCAUCGCUGCUAUUGUUGCAACCGUGUAUACGUCCGCCUCGGAUGCUCUUGUGCAACCCCAGCUCAAGCUAGGACCUCUGGAAACGAAGAUUGUGAAGGCAAACGUGAUGACCAAGUUUGCCAACAAUCUGUAUCUUGGCUACAAAUGCGAAACGCCAAUCCCCAUCUCGGAAGAUGACGUACACCGCAAUGCAACCUGCCUUGACAUCUCCUAUGCCGCACAAGCGUACCACGACUACCAACGAUAUGUCGCCGAAUGGGAUCACUAUGCCCGUAACCACAGCGCCGGUACUACCAAGGAAACCCGGGUUCCCGCCUUCUCCCAAUACCGCUCUGAGAUCCAAGUCAACGGAACCUGGAUGGAUGUUUCUGCCUUUGAGCUGGAUGGUCGUAUCAUCAACAACGUCAGCUUGGCCAUGCCUCACGCUGGCGUCAUGAGUGCAGCUACCGACGAACGCAAUGAGAUCAUGCAGCCGAGCGAACUCGGUGGUUUGGGUGCAUACAAUCUUGAGGCUUCGGUGCCCAGCCCUGUCAUCCACGUUCUGUGCGCGAACAUGAACCGCAGCGAACUCGCCCCCCUCGUCUAUACCGCAUGGAACAACUCGGAAAAGCUAGACGCCCCGACGUGGCCCGACCAGAUCAGCAAUCUCACUUCCGCUGAAUCUAUCAACAAGACUGUCGUCGACGAUAUUUUCGGCUGGCGCAAAAAUGGCCAGAAUGCCCCCAUAUUCUCGCGCUUCCCGUCAACCUAUAACACAGUUCUGAACCAAACAUUCUUCUAUGGCCGCGAGUCCAUCUACCUACUGGGCCGCGAUGGCGACGAGGACGUAGAGCGUUAUUCACUCUGCCAAAUGAAGGCGUCGCUCACGCCUAACUGCAGCACGACCUACAGCGCGGUGCAGGAGGGCUCGACGCUCUCGUCCCGCUGCGAUCCGGAGAAUGACUCAAUGGCCUACAUCAAUAGCGAUCCAACCGCUGAGUCCGGCUCGGCCACCAUCAGCCUCAACUGGCCUUGGGUCGCCACCGAGUGGGCAAACUCGAUGUCCCUCAACAACGGCAUCACCGACGGCAAGGCCAGCAUUGCCCGACUACUCACACAGUCCAUCGCCAAGGAGCCGAAGCUGCAGGUUGACCGACCGAGCAUAGCUGAGGCACUAGCGGUGCUGUCAAGUACCACUUUGCUACUGGGCACGCAGGACGCGCAGAUGGAGAUGACUUGGAACCACGAGAAAACCAUCCUCCUCACCCCGGAAACCGUCAACUUCAACGCCACCCUCCGCGAGCGCAUCUACGCCUCGGGCCCGACGGGCGAGCCGCAAAAGCUCUUCUUCCUCGUCCUCGUCUUCGCCUUCCUGACCAACAUCCUGUGCCUCGUCUACUUCAUCUUCCACCGCGGCCUCGUCACCGACUUCUCGGAGCCGCCCAACCUGUUCUCGCUGGCCGUCAACUCGCCGCCCGCGGCGUCCAUGGCCGGCUCGUGCGGCGGUGGCCCCGCCGGCCGCCAGUGGAACUGCGAGUGGUUCGUCGGCGAGAGCGGCGGCCACCUGUUCGUCGUCCCCAAGGAGGCCGUGCCGGCCGUCGUCGCCGCCCGCGGCAACAUGGGCAAUGCGUGGCGCGUCGAGGAAGAGGCGAGUUGGCCGGUGCAGGAAGGCGACCCCAGCCACCAGCAGUACCACCAGUACGGGCAGAUCCCACAGCAUAACGGCCCUGGCGGUGCCCCCGCUCUAGCCAUCUCGACGGCGACGGCGACGAGGGGCGCCCCUGGCGCUAAUGGCCCUGGCGGCGACGGCCUCCUGGCUCGUCUGAAGCAGCGCUUCUCUUCCUCCGGCCCCCCCAGCGGCGCCACCGCAUACGCCCGCAGCCCGGAUACCCCGUCUAGCGCGACCCGCCUCUACUCGGCAGGCGGCGGCGCCAUGCCGCCCAGCAGCGCGUGGAGCAACCGGUCGUUCGGCGGCGCCGGCGCCGGCGGGUAUGUCGGACUGAGUGGUGGCGGAACCGACAGCCCGACAUCGCAGUGGGGAGCGGAGAGCAGCUUGUACAAGACGACGACGAGGGGGACGGCGUACACGGGCGCCAGCGGCGCGUCGGCGUACGAGAUGAUCGGCGGCAUGUCUGGUAAUGGGAUGGGGAGGGCGCAUCAGCAGCAGGACGGCGCGAGGUUGGCGACGAACAGUCCGAUUAGUAGGGCGUAUUCGAAGUUGAGUCGGAAGAGGACGUUUUUGUGA